UACGUAUCAGAUAAUACUUGUCAUUAAAAAAAUAAUCACCGUAACCUACAAUUCGGCUAUUGCCGUAUUAAUUGAUUAUUUCAUCAUCCACGUAACUGUAAAGUUCAAAGAAAAUACAAUGGUUUUCAAAUGUCAAGAAGAUAGCUUUUUAAAGAAGUUUACUUCGAAAGUGACAAAAUGUGAGCCCACCAAUGAGCCGCUGGUGGAAUACGGAAAGACCUUCCAGUUUGAAGGCUAUCAAGUUACACUGGAGAACACUAUACUUUUUCCUGCUGGAGGUGGACAACCGCAUGAUGUUGGUCGGCUGAAUGACACAGAAGUUGUUCAAGUAUUGCGUAAAGGUGAUGAGGCCCUACAUUUCACGAGAGAGCCAAUUGAAGUGGGCACCGUGGUGGAACAGGAGAUCAAUUGGGACAGACGUUUUGAUCAUAUGCAGCAGCAUUCAGGUCAACAUUUAUUGUCAGCUAUUUUAGAGAAAGAACAUAAUUUACCUACCACAAGCUGGUGGCUGGGUUUGGAUGAAAGCUACGUGGAGUUGGACUCAACUAAAGUUAGUGAAGAAGUUAUUAAAGCAACUGAAAAUAGAUGCAACCAAUUAAUUCAGGAAGCUAUACCCGUCACUGUAAAGUUCUGUAAAGCUAACGACCCAGAUCUAAAUGAGGCCCACACUCGGGGUUUGCCAAAGGAUUGUAUGGAGACGAUCAGAAUCAUAUGCAUGGGCAACAUAGACGAGAAUAUGUGCUGCGGUACUCAUGUCACUAAUCUCAGCCAACUUCAGAGUAUAAAGUUAACUGGCACCGAGCCAGGGAAAAAGGGCAAAACUAAUCUCAAGUUCUUAGUAGGCAACCGAGUUCUGAGGACUUUCCAAUUGAUGCUGGACAGAGAGAAGGCCUUAACUGGAUUACUCAAAAACGAACCAACCAGACACGAGGAUUUAGUUCAAAAACUUCAAAAGAACCUGAAAAUAACCAACAAGAAUUUACAAACGGUCCUGCAAGAACUCGCUCAGUUUGAAAUAGAGAAAAUAAAAAGUGCUACACCAAAACCGAAGUUCGUGAUUAUGUUUAAGAAAGAGGCUACCCCUGAGUUCAACCGAGCUGUUAUUAAGGGCUUGGAGGGCGAAGGCCUAUUUUUAUUCUUUGCUUCAGAAGAACCUGAUAAACCUAAAGAGGGACAGAUCAUUAUACAAGGCCCCGAGGAACACUGCAAUGCUUUAGGGACAAAGAUCACAGAACUACUGAAAGGUAAAGGUGCUUUCAAAAAUGGAAAGUUUCAAGGCAAAGCUGGGGAUCUGAGUGGCAUGAACAAAUGCAAAAAGUUGAUCGAAGACUACUUUAACAGUCUUUAAAUAAAAAUACUCAAAUAUUA